AUGCCCUUCUUUAAUUCCGCCACCAAUUUCGAAAUCCAGAAUAGCACUUUCAACGACAUCGCAGGCAAUUACACCGCCAAUAGCACUACUACCAACCGCACCCUCACCAACUCCAAUAACAAACGAGCUAAAACAGUAGAGAAUUCGUAUAAUGAUAGUUCAAUGGGCUGGAGCACGCGGGGUGAUGGCGCUGAGGAGAUGAUGGUAAGAUCUGGUCGUCGUGCACCUGCCCAACGGACGGGUCGGGCAAGUGUAGAUCAUGCAGCCUUGGUUCCUCCAGCCCGUGGCAAUACUGGAUCUAGUACUAGUCGGUCGCCAGACCGUCCUCUAAAUCUACUCCAGCAGCACCUCGAUCACAUGGGUGCCAGUGAGGGCUCUGAGUCGAUGUCGAUCCCCGCAGGCGGAAUCCAUUCUGGCAGGGCUCGUCGGAAGGAUGGUGUUACUGUUGCUAAAGCCGAUCUACACUUUGAUUCUUCCGAUGAUGACUCUACGUCCGAGUCGACCACAUUAUCCGAUCAUCAGGAUACAGACCUCGAAUCCGAGAUUCCACCCCCCAACGCCAUGACAGUACCGUUCUCAUCCACUACGCAGCAACCACAAGAACCCCAGACUCUAGAACCAGAAGCCCCGGAGGAGCAAGCUCCAUCACGGCCACCAUCCCCUCCAACUAUUCCAGUCCAGGCAGCUGCAGUUUCGCCUCCUCUCACUUCACUCCCGGUCCAACCGUCCAAGUCUGCCCACCAUCACCAAGAUGGUGAUGACGAGACCGGUAAUGAUGAUGUCGGACUCGAGGCUGUCGCGGCGAAAGAGAAGAUAGACGAUGACCAUGAGGCAGAAUCCGCCUAUGCAUUACAGGUCGCACCAGCACCAGAGCUUUCGAAGCUUGCCCCCACAAACACGAACACCAAGCCUGAGAAGAAGUCCAAGAUCAGAUCUUUUUUUCACAUGAAAAGGCCUAGUUUUCGACGCGAUAGUCAGUGA